AUGAACAUCGAUUUUGUUUUUGUUGUUCCCGAAGACUGGGCAGAUGACUAUUCCAAAGCACAGCAGAUUCCUGACUCUGCAUCGAUUUCCCCCUUGGGCAAAAAACUAAAUCUCAGGCAGUUUAGACUGGUAUUUGGUGAGUAUUGUAUGGCAGCAGUGGGCAUUGAUGGCCAAGUGGUCGAGGAGGAGGAAGGGGAUGAGUAUGAUUAUGAGGCUAACGAUUGA